GUACCUACCUACCUAAGCGGGUAGUUUCGCUACAGGUAGGUAGGUACCUAAUGUACCUUUAUACCUAGGGCUCCUGCAGUUGCGAUCUUUACCUAGCCUCAUUUGCAUCUGCCUAGCCUCAUUCGCGCCAGCCUAUCCCAAGCUUUCUGUAGUUGUGGAUAGGGAUGGAGCUUCGAUCAUUUUUUUUCUUCAUCCCCACACCUUGGUGAUGACCUCACUCGCCAACGCAGUCUCCAGAAAGUCCUCGCCAUCGACUGACCAACAUUCGACUUCUGGAGGUGUUUAUUCACCGUCGUCGCGCCGUAAGCUUGCAUCGCCUCGCCGGAGUUUGCCUGUGCAAGAUCUGUCGAGCAGAUUCGACCUCUUCAGCAUCGCUCUAGCCCGGUCAUAUAAUUCGUCCCUGCUGUUAUUGGCUCCCUUAGCUCAUUUCACAUCCCGGUCCUCGUCCCGGACGUUUCCUUUCGGUAAACGCAGAUGAUCUGCUAGGUUCAUGUUACUCGCCAUGACCUGACCUUAUUAGAGAAAUAGUUACGUGCGGUAGUGAUCCCGAGUGUUAUCGACCCAUAUAAUCACUGCGGAGCAGUGAAUCGCAGGCCUGGGCUAAUCAAAAGGCAAUAAUGUCUGUCGUGGCCGAUCAAGUACGGCAGCUGGACGCGCAGCUAGACCGCAUCCCCCUAAGCUAUCUGACAGACUCCGCCGCCACCCGUGCCUCUAUAGACUUGGAUAGUCCUCGGGCGAAGGAAUUGCUGAGGACCGUCAAGGCUUUGUCGGCACCUUCGGGCCCCAACGCUGUCCUUCUCCCUCAGCAGAUCCUAUCUCUUCUGUCUCAAUCCAGGUUGUUACCGGCAAAUUUCGAGGAGGCGCUGCCAAAUCAGUACGAAGCAGAGCUUGAGUGGAUUCUGGUCGGCAAAGCAACCCUCCAGACCUAUGGCAUAAUCUUGCAUGCCUUGCUCGACCAGAUCAUCCCGCUAAGCGACCAUAUCUGGUAUUGGGACGAUGUGCUUUCUUCCCCCACCUACACCAGCCUUUACAUGGUGCAAACCUCACCGGUCCGGCUAUGGGCUUGGUCGAGAGAGAUUUACGAGGAUAGCAAGGCCAGAUUUCAGUUAUAUGCUAGUGGCGGCGCGUCAGCCACUGGUUCCGAGGCUGGGCCGGACACGCAGUCUCUUCAGGCCGGUCUCGCUCAACAAUGGAAGCGGUUCUACGAAAUCGUAAGGGAGAGCAUCCGCGAGAAGUCACUAACCAACCUACAACGGACCGUUAUGUCUCCGGUCGCCCUCUGCCGGUCCGAAGCCCGCCAGAAGCAAGCAAAGCUGAAGAAGCUGAAGGAGAUGACCUCGAGCGCCCUUGGCGUCUUAAUCGUCGAAGGGCUGGUCUUUGGCGCGAACGGGAGCGAUGACGGUAAGGCCGACACGAUCCUCUCGGCAAAGCAGGAGUGGAAAAGCGUAGUCGAGCGCAGUGCUAUCCUGAUGGACAUGGUGCUCAAAGAUGUGUUGGCCCCCAACCUCAGGGUUUCUGACUUUGAAGAUAGAGUCUUCGCAGGCGUCCAAGAGGACCCCGAGCUGUCGACCCAGGCCGAAGAAGACGAGGUAAACCGACCGCUUAUGGUGGCUAGAAGGCUUCAGGAUCUGCUAGAAUACCAUUUGCCGGCGCACCUACAGGACACGAAAGAGCUGGUGGCGGACAAUGGGCGACCGUCGAGGCUCGUAAGAUACUGGCUCCCCAGUAUAUCUCUUCUCCUCUCGUCGACUACUGUUCUUCGGAUACUCGUCAAUAAGAAGCAGGAGAUCGUACAUUGGAUUAGAGAUCUCGGUGCGACCGUACGCGAUUUCUGGUUCAAUUGGGUGAUCGACCCUGUCCGAAAAAUUGUCGGGACCAUCCGCCACGAUUCCAAUAGCGAGAUAGCCAUCAUGAGCCGGGAUAGCCUCAAGGCGGAUAGGGAGAGUUUGGAGCGUAUGGUCGUCGACUUUGCUCUCGACAAGUCGGGUGCCGCAACCGGGGCAUCGGCGAUCUCGGAAGCGCAAGUCGCCGAGAUCAGGGCCAAGGUUCGGGAGGGAGAUGUGACGCCGAUCCUCCGCGCGUACGAGAAGGACCUGCGUACGCCCCUCAUGGGCACCGUCCGAGGCGAUCUGGUUCGAACGUUGCUGAUCCAGGUGCAGAAGACGAAGGUGGAUGUGGAGGUGGCGAUGAGCGGGAUUGAUUCUCUGCUGAAGAGUCAGGAGCUCGUCUUCGGCUUUGUAGGCCUGACGCCAGGUAUCCUGGUGUCCGUCGGGGCAGUGCAGUACUUGCGCGGGGUGUUCGGGGGGAGAAAGGGGUUCCGCGAGAGCCGAAAGGCGGGCAGAUGCGUGCGGGUUCUCCGCAAUAUCGACCGGAUCCUCUCCGACGCAACGCCCUCGCCGAACAACGUGCUCCCGUACAAGGACCACGGCCUUCUCAUAAGCGAGGUGCACGUGCUGCGCCAGCUGGUGCAUAGUCUCCUCCCGGCAGACAUCGAGAAGGACUUCCUGGAUGACUUGGAUGACCUCGCUAACCUCAAGGGCAUCAUGUCGCAGCUGCGCGCGCUGGCUAGGAUACGCUGGGCCUAUUCUAAGUGGCUGAGGUAGUAAGGAGCUUGCUUGCAUGCAUAUACUAGGGGACUUGGACUGGAGAAGCAUCAAUGCAUAUGAGAGGUAUUCUGUAGACGAAACGUAUCGAGGUACAGUUCAGUGCAGGGAAUCGGUAGCACCAUUAUGCAGCCCUUCCGAAUCAUCCCUUAUUAAGGGCAAGCGAUGCUCGUAGCCACGAUAGAUGGUUGUCUCGAGUAAACAUCUCGGAAGCUCGUAGCUCUAUCGGCUUGCUACCCCGGGUACAAUACCGAGGGAGGCAGGGUUGGGGUUGAGUCAGGGUCGCGCAAACAUUGUGUGCCUUGGGUACGUACAUACCUCGGCAGGUGUAGGUACCUAGACUGCGGGUGCUAUAGGUACCGGACCUGCCUGUAGCUGCUAUAAACCACUUAGCUUCGCUGAGCUUAGUGUAGGUUAGGUUGUGUUGUAUUCCAACCGGUCUGGUAACAUUAAGUAGUUCAACGGACGUGGCUCAGAGAGGAACCUAACCUAUUUAAAGGUGUUGUUGC